AUGUCGUCUACCUUAACCGAACAACAAAAAACUGGCUUCCAGGAACUGGCAGCUUUCUUUGCUAAGGGUUUAAGAACCCCAAUUUUACGCCGCCCAGAUGAGUAUGGGUUAAAAUUUGAAGAUGUGUUUUUCCCUUCUUAUGACGGGGUUCGUCUCGAGGGAUGGUUCAUUCCUGCUAAGUCGAACAAGUUGGUAAUUUGCAACCACUUUAUGCCAGGUAAUCGUUACGGAUACGCUGGCCACUUGAAGCCCUACAACAGUUUUGGAGGUUUCGAGGUCAAUUUCCUACCUCAAUACAAGGCCUUGCAUGAUGCAGGCUACAAUGUGUUGUGUUACGAUUUAAGAAAUCACGGUCUCAGUGCUGACGGAAACGGCCGCACUGUUGGUAUCGGAAUUUUGGAAUACAGAGAUGUUAUCGGAUCAUUGAUCUAUGCCAAUUCUCGAGAAGAUACCAAAAAUAUGGAAAAGUCGUUGUUGAGUAUUUGUUUGGGAGCCAACUCCACUAUUGUGGCAAUGCACAAGCAUCCGGAAUUUUUCGAGGAAAUCAGGUCUAUGAUUGCCGUCCAACCGAUUUCAACCAGAGCAUUUGUUCAGAAGGCCGCAGAAACAGCCAAUGUCUCCAAGAAUGAGGCUGUAGAGGUGUUUGAAGAAACCCUCUUGGAGACCUCUGGCUUCAAAGUUGAUGAACUCUCCCCUCUAGAAUAUGCGAAAUCGGUUAAAGUUCCUACCAAGGUUUUCCAGGUCCGCAAUGACCCACUAACUGAGAUUUCGGACACUCAAGAAAUUUUUAGCAGGUUCAGCAGCAAGGAGAAGGAGUUUUACUUCAUUGAGGGUGCUGACCAAAGGUUUCAGGGUUACAACUUCUUGUCAGAAAACCCACAACACAUGCUCGAAUGGUUCGAUAAAUAUGCCUAA